CUUGGACAUUCGGGAUUAGAUCGACGGCAAUAACGUUACGUACGGACCGUUACAUCGUUGCACAUGACCUAACCUACAAAUCGGUGAUUUUGAGUGAAUUUCACGCCGCGCGUGGCUCCGGGGUGAUUGUUUUGCUGUUGUACGAUCUUGAUUUGUGUGAUUUUGUGAGUGGAGUGCCUUCCAGCAUUCUACAAACAUUAGACUAUCAAAAUUCGCGUCAAAAACAGAGAACCUGUGCCUGUAUACGCCAUGGAAAUGGAACCUCAGGAGCGGGAGAGUGAAAUCGGUGAAGAGAGUCCAGUGUCACACAAUGACGAAGACGUGAGCGACGGAGAGGGUGGCCAUUCGGGAGGCGAACACGAUGAUUUAGAUAGUUGCGAUGAAAUGCGACGACACGGAGGACUUCUUGCAGAGCACGGCGAUGUCCUCGCAAAGCUUAAAAUGCAGGUGCGGGACAUCAAGGUAGGGGACGACUACGAUAGUGGAGGCGGUGGUCGAAGCCUUAACCUAAACUUCCCUUUGAGCAAUCGUGUAAUGUCGUCAAACGGAAGCGGACCCGAUGGCUUCCAAUUGCCAGUUCCGUUUCCUUUUCCUCAUCCAGCUGCAGCUUUUUUACCGCCAAUGGCACCUCAGCCCACAGCUCCCUCUUCUGGCAGUUCACAUUCCUCAGAAGGAAGCGCUUCGUCCCAACACACCUGGUCCUUCGAGGAGCAAUUCAAACAGGUGCGUCAGUUAUACGAAAUUAACGACGACCCAAAAAGAAAAGAAUUCCUUGAUGAGCUCUUCUCGUUUAUGCAGAAAAGGGGGACUCCCAUAAACCGAUUGCCAAUAAUGGCGAAGUCUGUUCUUGAUCUCUAUGAAUUGUACAAUUUGGUGAUAGCCCGUGGUGGUUUAGUAGAUGUUAUUAAUAAGAAGUUGUGGCAGGAAAUUAUUAAGGGAUUGCAUUUACCAUCGUCAAUCACGUCGGCAGCAUUUACACUUAGGACACAAUACAUGAAGUACCUCUACCCAUACGAAUGUGAAAAACGACGACUGAGCACUCCUGCAGAGUUACAAGCAGCUAUCGAUGGCAACAGAAGAGAAGGGCGAAGAAGCAGUUACGGCCAAUACGAUUCAAUGCAACAAAGAUCUCCGAACCCAGGUAUGCAUGUAUCCCCUUUGUCACUAGUUUCUCAACAACAACAGCAGUUAGCUGCCGCACGUAUGAUGGGAGGUGGUAUGACCCUGCAUAAUGGAGCGCAUCAUCCUAGUCAUCCGCAACCUUUAGGACAACCUAUCAAUGGAGGACCUCUACCAGGAUUAGCUCCUAACGAAUUCGAGGCACGAAUGAUGGAAUACGUAAAACUUCUCAACAAGGAAAUUCGUGGCUCCACCAUUACACCUCCUCGACAAGGUGAGAUAUCGCCACCCAACGCUACUUCACCACUCAACCACCUCGAAAUGUCCCGUAUGACUCUUUGGAACCUUUACAAUAACAACCAGCCCAACGUCGAACCCCAAAAGGAACCAAUUAAUCUAUCAGAACCCUCUUCUGGUGUGUUGAAAAGGGAACCCGAAUGCAGAGAAUCUCCACCACCACCCAAGAGGCCUGUUAAGGAGGAGGAAGAACCAGAACCUUCAAAAGCCAUGCAUUCGCCUUCUACACAUAUUAAAAUUAACAGUAGAGGAGAUGCUCGAAACGGGGACAAUUCUCUAGUAGUGAGCAUGGAAUUAAACGGAAUCACCUACCAGGGCGUCCUAUUCGCCCAAAACCCAACGUCAUCUCGAGGAAGAACAGCGUUGGCCUCCUAAAUGCUACUGCUACCACUGUUCGUCGUUUACCAAGUGUUCAAACGUUUAGUGCGCGUCGGAACUUAAUUUUUUUGUAUUUAUUUUUAUAGAUUUUUAUUUUCGUGAGCUUCACAGACAAUACGUGCACAAAUGUAGCGAUUAACGUGUGGAGUAAAUAGGACGGACAAUGUUCAGAGUCGGUUCCGAUGAAGAUAGCUGCAAAUAAUGAAUGACAUAACGAAAUUUUGUAUUUGGCAGUGUUGCCAUGUCCCUAGAAUAAAUCGAGAAAUAUAUAUUUAUUAAUUAUUUAUUAACAUGGAAAACAUAACCUAGGUAAAAUUAUGUGGAAAUACUAAGAUUUCAGUGUAAAUAAUAAAGUUAAAAAGUUAAAUUUUGCUGUUUUAAGAUUUUAAUAUGUAUUUAUUUUAUUUUUUUAGUUUGUUAUCAUUUAUAUGAAAAUAAGCCACAGUCCUUAACAGAAUUAUUCAGUGUAACGAUACUACGACAACUGGUUGUCGUAUGCGUUUCAAUCACCAGAUCAGUAACUAACAGUAACAAAACAAUAUUCAGGUAUCUACAUCAAUCCCAAAAUCAGAAAUAAACGAUCAUACAAUAAUUGAUAUCUGCUGAACAUCUGUGGCAAUCUGGCAGCUGAAACUUUAGCGGUUCUACUUCUAACUCUAUUGCCAAAUCGCUAAUCUAUAAAAGGCCAGUUACCAAAAAAUCAAAACAACGAACAAUUUCUAAUAUCAAAACAAACAAAUAUUUAUCCGUUCGUGCUUUAUAUAAUUAAAAAAUAGCAGAAUCCAUAGAAUAAUAUAAUAACAAUGUAGGUACUAUUCGUUGCAAGAUAUUUCGGAUUUAAUCAGAUUUAUCAUUUAGUAAAGUACCUUUAAACUUUGGAUAGAAUUUAAAAUUGAACCUAAUGUAAAAAAAGACUAAGGGUGACUAUUCGUUACAGCAUUAAGGGAGUACAGUCAUUUUGUGCUUGAUAUCGGCCCAAUCUCUUAAUCUGGGGAAUUCCAUCCGAAUUAUCUUGCAACGGAUAGUACUUUUUCAAAGCUUUCUCUGCAUAUGUGAAGCGUACAACAUAUAUAUUAUAAGGACUUGGCAACACGGCCCAACGCAAAUAUUUUGUUCUGUGGUUAUCAUUUGUAGCUAUCUUCAUCGGAACGAACUCUGAACAUUGUCCAAUAUGACUUUUACACGGGGUGAGAAGAACAACGUUUUAUUAUAAAGGCAGAAUUACAGAUGUACAUAAUUUUUUAACUUAACAUUCACUAUUUUUUCUUUGCAACGACCUUUAUAAUAAUAAUAUAUUAACAGUGCAUUAUUUCCUUUUGAAAGUAUUGCGAUACUGUUCAGAAAGAUGAUAUAAAUUAUGUUAAACCUAAAAGUGACUCACCCUGUUUAAAAUUGACCUUAGAUAUUUUCUACAACUUUCCUUAUACGUCAUGUGUCAUCUCUUCGGUUGUAUGCUGAUAACAUCUUGCAUAUUUGCCUAUUAUUAUAAUUUAUAAUUAUAUAAGAUAUUGAAAUUUAAAAUAAUGGAAAUCGGUAGAGUUUUAUUUUAAUCUGUACUACAUGAAAGUAGGUACCUACUCGUGAAAGUACAGUUUGUCACAAAAGAUGUAAAAAUAAUGUUUACAAAAACGGGAACCAAAUAAAUUUGAUUUAAAUCUUUGUUUUUACUACAGAAAUGAUAUUUUAUAUUUUCGUGAAAUUACAAAACGAAAAAUUAAAAUAUAAUAUUGCUUUUUAACGAUAAGAAAUCUAUUUUACUUUAGAUUAGAAUGGUAAUUAAAAAUAUCAAUAACUAAAAAUCAUGUUCAGGUUGGAUCAGGCUACAUCAACCUUAUUGAGAACGAUAUUUUGACAAUAGUUCUAUCACCUUAAGAAAUAAUACGAAAAACUCUUUUUAUUACGAAGGUAAUGGUAACUUUAUUGAUGUGAAUUCACCUUCAACAAGCAGCGUAUAUAGCUAUAGUCCAGAUAUUUUAAGUCUGUGCAAGGGUUAAGUUUUUUUUUGUCUUAAUUAGAAUUUUUAUCUUAACGUUUCGUCAUUAUGCCCUUGCCUCCUCUAAUCUAUAAUCUACUCAUACUUUAGGCUGCUAGAAAAAAUUUACAAUACUAACAAAGGUACAACCAUUGAAGAUUUUGAUGCUUUGACUUUUUUUUACGUAUGGCAAAUACAUAAUGUAAUUUUAUGUGAAGUGAACUACCGAUGGGUUGACUGGGAUGUGCAAUGAAAGUUGAAAAAAUAUGAAUCAAUCCAAAAGUUUUCAUUAAAACAAUAACCUAUAAGUCUGUUUAAAGGAUGAUGAUGUGAUUUUUAAUUUUUUUAAGUAAGUGUAUGAUUGCUAUAGUGUACAUUUUGAUUCCUUAUGAUAACUAAAAAUGGCCAGUUUAAAAUGCGUUUGAAGCAUUUUUAAUAUAUUAUGCCAUUGUGUCAUACUUUAGAUACUUAGUUAUUGGACAAAAAGCAAGUAGAUUGGCAGUAAUGGGUUCGUAUUUGUUUCAAUUGAUGCUAAGAAUAAUUCGCUUUUUUAGCAAAUAUUGUUUCUUGUAGUAAAUGGUUAAAAUACAUAAUUAUAAUAAUUUUUGAACUUUAAAUAUUUACCAAUAUGUUCGUUCUUUGUUCUUUGCAUGAAUAAAAUAUUUGCAAGAUUAUAUCAACGCUUAUAAUGGUCAUCAGUCGUAAUUUGUUUGCCUUUUGCACUUUACCCACUGCAUUCCUUUGUAUCUUAUUAGGUCAACGUCAUUGUCCUCUAUAAAAAUCUCCUUUGUCUUUUAUUUGAAUCAACUCGUAAUAAAAUACCUCUACCAAAACUUUUUCUUCUGUUCUUUCCAUAAAAAUAAAAUUAAAAACAUACGUUUGUUUCUGUAGGUUCAAUUUUUGGCACCGUAUCUACUAACUUUCCUGCUUGCCUGUCUUCGACAACCACCUGGCUAGACCCUGAUUAGAUGGUCAAUCAAUUAAUGGGUUUUUUAUGUAUUCUCUGCACUCUGUUUCUCUGUCGGGAUAUCAUUGGUUUUAAGAAGUUUUCUUGUGACCUGGUGGAAGAAUUUUCUGGUCCUGUUCACUGAGAAUGGUGAACUUAACGGCCACCGUUUUCAGUGGUGUGUACUGGAACCUCUCUUGGAUGGUUGCGCUUGAAACUCUGUCUUGUCAUUAUGAUCCUUCUCUUAACCUGUCAGAUGACGUUUCUGUUAAUACAAGCUUCUUCCAGUUGCUCUCCGCUUUUAAACUGGAUACUGGGACUGCAUAUAACAUCUUCUCUCUAACUUAAGCCUGGUAUAAUUGAAUAUUCUUGGCCUUCAAUAGAGGACUAGUCUUGUGUAUGUAGGGUUGAAUCAAUCUCUUCGCCACUAAUGCCUUAUUCUUGACUUCCUGUUAUCGUUAUUUCUUCUCUGGUUGUUACGGUCUGCUGUGUAAAGAUGAUGAACUAUGUCUUCUCUGUAUUGAUCUUUAUCUUUCAUCUGUUUGUGUGUAGUCUGCAAUUCUCUCUAGGAGAUUUUCAAGUCUUCACGAUCCUCUUGUUGUCUUUGGCUGCGGUGUAGUGGUGUAGAUUGCCGUCGUCUUUGUCGUUUCUGCUUUAUCAUCAUAGGUAAACAAAUCUUUAACACUUUUUACAUCUGUUUUAUUCUCCAUUUUACUGUAUUGCACUUUUUGGUGUUCAUUAAUGUCAUAAAACAUUGAUUGCGUCUCGUCUACAAUAUUUAUUUAUUUAUUACUUUAUUUGUAUGACAUCAAAUAUUGUUACUAUAAUAAUAUUAUACCCCUAUUUUCUCAGUCUUAUAUUUUUACCUAUCUGAUUUAACACUUUUUCUUUAUUUGUUUGUUUUUUUCUCAAUGUGUUUUUAUUCUUUUCGUUGCUUUCUUAGGGACUUUUUUUCUGGUGCUUAACAUCUUUGUUAUAAAUUUUAUAAUUUUUUUUUACUUCCAAGACUUUUUAUAUGAUUUUACACACUACAAAUUUUUUAAUUGUUUGUUCCUGACAUUUCGUAUCCCAUUGCAGCAAACAUUACAGUUUGUGCAGUUUGUUAUAUGUACCAACACUUUUUAAUUAUUUUUAUGUUAUUUUUUACUUUGUUUUUUAAGUAUGAAUAUGGUGCAAGGAACAAAGAUACAACUCCUUUCUGCAGCCCAAUAAGAAUACAAUGAGUAAUCUAAUUCCUGAUUUUUUCAGUGAUCAUAAAAUAUCAAAUUUUAAAAUGAAAUUUUUGAUAUUCGUAUCCAGUAUUUUUACUGACUGUCAAAAAUGUCUUUAAAACCCGGAAUAUCAAAAAUGUUUUGACACAAUUUUUGUUAUUCUACCAUUAUAUUAACACUAAAUUUAUUCUCAACGAAUUUGUUGUAAAUAGUAUAUAUAAAUACUUAGUAAAACAGUAUUUUAGAAUAGAGUGUGUAUGAUUUUUAUGAUUUUUUGUAUAUUCGACAAAAGACUGUUACUUUAUUAUGUAAUUCUCACUUAUGGAGUGUAACAAUAAAAAUCAUUUUUAAUAAUGGAA